CAUCACCAGUCAGCACCCAGCCCACCCAGGCCUGUACCAGGGGCUGGGGGUGCUCAGGCCCUCAUGACCUAAGUGAGGCCUUGGCCUGUGAGUCCUUGUGCUCUGUGUGGCCACCCGCAGGGUGGGAGCUAUGGUCCAGAGCUGGGCUGGCAGGGGUACCAUGUGCCAGUCAGACCUGUGCUUUGCACAUGACAUGUGAUGUAAUCCCCAUGGGGUGAGUGGAAUUGUGGGAGCUAGUAAAGCCUCCUUUUUGGAUAGGCUAAUAAAUUAAUCUGAAGUAGCUUAGACAAAGGAAGAGAAAUCAUUGGCUCAUGGGAUCUGAGGAAAUGGUUGUAGAACCAAAUCAAGGGGCAGCAGAGAUGUCCCUGGGACCACUGUGCGCAGAUACACGGGACUAUCAGAUGCACUUCGCCUCGUCUGUCCUGCUGUCUUUCCCGUUCCCCCCUACCAUCACCACCAUAGGCAGCCACUUGGGUGUGCUUAAUGUCUGCCUUUUUGUUUGUGUUCUGGCAAGAUGUGCCUGUUGCUUGGAAUGCUCAGGUAACCAUCAAAAGGUGUCUUACCUGCUCUGCACUGCGCUGCUCCUGCCUGCCCCCGAGCCCUCUGCCCAGUUGGCUCUGUGGUCCCACGAUCUUCCUGGCCCCUGAGAGUGUCUGGGCUGGAGGAUCAGGUGGGGUUUCUAGGUUCUGGGGUAGGCAGGGAGGUCCUUGGUCUGUGGGUGCUUCCCAGGAUGCUGAUCCAGGCACCUCUCCUGGGAUGAAGGGCCCUCCAGCACCCUUCCGUUUGGCCACAUUGGCACCGGCCAGCUUGAUAAUGCUUUGCCACUCAAAUAAGUGUAAAGGGGGAGCCUACUGUGGUUUGAGUUUGGAUUUCUCUGGUUACUACUAAGCUUUUGACACUCUUGUUUCAAGCCUGCUGGUUUCUUCCGUAAAAUGUCUGCUCAGAGCCUUUGUCCAUUUUCUACUGAGGCUGCUGUUUCCUGUUGAUUUGAUGGUGUUCUUAUAUUAUUCCUUAUGUUAGGUUUAGUCAGAUAAUAUGCAGAUUGGUAAAACUCAUCAUUAGUUUGUGGACCAUUAAGAAAGGUAGAAUGCUGGCAAUUAUACUUCACCACAAUAUUUUCUUAUAUAAGUUUUUUUAUUAUACUUUUUAAAGUUCUCGUUUAGACUCGUUUAGGUGUUUGUUAUGUGUCGCUCAAAUAGAAAGGAAAAGGUACAAGAAAUAAGUGGUUGGGGUUUUCCUGACAUUUCUUCCCAUGCUCUAGGGAGUUAGUUACACUUCGGGUCAGAGUGGUCUGUGUCUGCUUUUCCUCGUGACUGUGUCCUGCAGGCCACUGGGACAUGAGGAGGCCACCUUUCUUAAGAGUGUUGAGGUUUCCUUUCUUCCAGUGUGGUUUGGUGCUUGAGCUUUCUUGCCCAGCUUCAUCCCUUAGCACCUGUCCCACUUUCUCAGGCCUUGCAAACGUGCACUUCCUGAUUUGCCAGUGUCUGGAAUUGUGGUCCCUUCUCCAGCGGCACACAGUUUACUUCUCUAAUCUCAAAGUUAGGACUGCUGCUCUUCUGCCGUGGCCUUCUGCUUAUGUGGUAACUUCCUGCUUCUGUACCAAGUCUUGGGAUAUGCUUUUUGGAGGCAUCGUAAGGAGUGGUUAAACUCACUGUGUUGCACCAACAAUGCACAUGACUCGACCAAAGCUGUGACAUGAGCAGCUGUGACUGGAUUCACACCUCUGCAGGCAAGGAUGACAGCUGUGAGAAAACAUCCAUUCCAAGCCCCCACAGCAGGCUUCCUGGCCUUCAAGCCUGAGCUGAUAUCCCGGCUGGAACAGGGGCAGGAGCCGUGGGUUCUGGACCUGCAAGGAGCAGAAGGGAGAGAGAUGCCAAGGACCUCCCAGACAGGUUCCAUGAUUAAGACUGGUAAUGAACAGGCUUGUGAAGACAUGGAUAUUCUAAAACCAGAAUCACUUGGAAUGAUGAUCAAAAUCCCCCUACAGGAUUUUCCUCAAAGUUUUGGCUUUGGAGAUACUGGGGAGUCUGAGUUCUGGUCAGACAGUAAUUGGAGCAGUUCUCCUGGGCCAAAAAUGAUGAACUCUCUCUUCCACAAAAACUGUUUAAAUAAAGGGACUGUGACUCACAAGAAGACCUUUACCAAGGAGAAUUCCCAGAAAUGUAAUGACUUUGUGACCAGUGGCAGCCUGGAUUGUAAAUUUAGUAAAAAUCAGAGAGAUGCUAUAGAAGAGAUAUCCCAGAAUUGUGAUAUGUGUGGCAGAUGUUUCAGAUCCACUUCAGAUAUUGCUCUGCAUUGGAAAAUUAGUACACAGAAGAAACCUAACCAAUGUCAAGAUUGCCAAAAAAAAUUGCCUCAUUGCUUACAGGGGAAACUUCAAACUAAUUGCCAUGGAGAUAAACCAUAUGAAUGUGAGGAAUGUGGAAAAGUCUUCAGGUUGUGCUCACAGCUUCAUCAACAUCAGAGAAUCCACACUGGAGAGAAACCAUUUAAAUGCAUUGAAUGUGGAAAAGCCUUCCGCCUGAGCUCAAAACUUAUUCAGCAUCAAAGAAUUCAUACUGGAGAGAAACCAUACAGGUGUGAGGAAUGUGGAAAAGCCUUUGGUCAGAGCUCAAGCCUCAUCCAUCAUCAGAGAAUUCAUACAGGAGAGAGGCCCUAUGGUUGUCGUGAGUGUGGUAAAGCCUUCAGUCAACAAUCACAGCUGAUCAGGCAUCAGCGAACUCACACUGGAGAGAGGCCCUACAUGUGUAAGGAAUGUGGGAAGGCCUUCAGCCAGAGCUCAACUUUAGCUCAACAUCAGAGAAUGCACACUGGGGAGAAAUCUCAAAUCUCAAGAACCUCAGAUAAUCCAAACCUUGUUGCACAUCAAAGAAUCCAUGGUAUAGAGAAACCAUUUAAAUGUGAUGUGUGUGGGAAAGCUUUUAGGUGGAGCUCUCGCCUUAGUCAACAUCAGCUAAUUCAUACUGGAGAAAAACCUUACAAAUGUAACAAAUGUACAAAAGCCUUUGGUUGUAGCUCACGGCUUAUUCGCCAUCAAAGAACUCACACUGGAGAAAAACCAUUUAAAUGUGAUGAGUGUGGGAAAGGCUUUGUCCAGGGGUCACACCUUAUUCAGCAUCAGAGAAUUCACACUGGAGAGAAACCUUAUUCAUGUAAUGACUGUGGAAAAGCCUUUAGUCAGAGCUCCAGCCUAAUUUACCAUCAGAGGAUCCAUAAAGGAGAGAAGCCCUAUGAAUGCCUCGAAUGCGGGAAAGCUUUCAGUAUGAGUACACAACUUACAAUACAUCAAAGGAUUCACACUGGAGAGAGACCGUAUAAAUGUAAUGAAUGUGGGAAAGCCUUCAGUCAGAAUUCAACUCUUUUCCAACACCAGAUCAUUCAUGCUGGAGUGAAACCCUAUGAAUGUAGUGAAUGUGGGAAAGCAUUUAGUCGGAGUUCCUAUCUUAUUGAACACCAGAGAAUUCACACAAGAGCCCAGUGGUAUUAUGAAUAUGGGAAUACCCUGGAAGGUUCAACCUUUGUGAGCCGUAAAAAGGUUAAUACUGUAAAGAAACUGCAUAAAUGUAAUGAAUGUGAGAAAAUAUUCAGGUGGCGCUCACACCUAAUUAUACAUCAGAGAAUUCACACUGGAGAGAAACCUUAUAAAUGUAAUGAAUGUGGGAAAGCUUUUAAUCGGAGUUCAAGACUUACUCAACAUCAGAAAAUUCACAUGGAAUAGACCAUUUACAUUUAUAAAUGUGUAUAAAUGUGAAUAAAUUUACAGCCUUGGUUAUUUCA